UCUGCUGAGGUUUCACUUUCAAUUGGAGUGGAUCUUGCUUUGCAGACGGUGUUUCAUAAGAAAUCUGCAGCAAUUGGAAUGACAUGUAUUCUUUGGCAGGGUGUAUUGAUAUUAGCUUUAGUUUUGGCUGAAAACCUUCAAAUCGUCUCUCUCAAAUUAUUACCAGUUUUGGACAGGUUUACAGCCGAGCGAAGUGCAUGAUUGAUUGGAUUCUUUAGAAUUAUAUGUUGCGGGGUGUCCUAAUUCUAUGGAAAAUGCACAUCAUUAUGAAUAAAUCGACAUCACGGUGACAUGAAAUGCUCGGAACUUGCGUGAAUUGAUGGUAAAGAACUCAAUACAGCCAACUCAUUCACUGCUGAAUACAUCUGAACGAAUCGAUUGUAAAAUAAUACAUGGUGGUUUGUAAGAACCUAUUAGUCAAGCCUAGAAUCUAGUUCAUAUCCUCUCUUGGUGCAACGCACAUAUAAGCUUGGUAAUCAUUACAGUUUUAAGCAUUUUACCUGGAAGGUGUAUCUCUCCAAGCUAAUUGUGUACUUGUCUCUACCGUUGGAGCAGUCUCGUAGUUGUUGCUGCAUCUGUACCGUUUUGUUUUCUGUCUAAUCACGGGCGAUUAAUCUCUUCCUCUUUGUUACCAUCCUGAUUCAUUGUAUCUCUAUAUUGCUCAGACAAUGAAUCAGGAUGGUAACAAAGAGGAAGACAUGAUUCUUGUAUUGCCCGAUUUUCGCACCAUGGUCAGGAUGGCGCUCACCGCCUCUUUGAUAUCGCUGAUUCUUGUCGUGGCGCUACUCUGUGUUCAGGCUAUGUCCCCGAAGGAGUUGGACGAGGUCACACACAAGGUUUACUUUAAUAUCGAGGUUGAUACUGUACCAGUUGGUCGAGUGGUGAUUGGUCUUUAUGGCAAGGCUGCUCCCAAGACAGUUGAGAACUUCCGCGCGCUUUGCACUGGGGAGAAGGGAAAUGGUCAGGGCGGAAAGCCUCUAGACUUCAAGGGCAGCAUCUUUCACCGCAUUAUCCCCGGCUUCAUGAUUCAAGGUGGAGAUAUUACUCAUGGCAAUGGUUAUGGAGGAGAGUCAAUCUAUGGAGCUAAGUUUGCCGACGAAAAAUUUACCUUGAAGCAUUCCGGUCCAGGCAUUGUGUCAAUGGCAAAUGCUGGACCGAACACUAACGGAUCGCAGUUUUUCAUCUAUACUGUGAAAACCAGCCGGUUGGGCGGCAAGCAUGUCGUCUUUGGGAAGGUAUUAAGAGGUCUUGAUGUCGUGUAUAAAGUAGAGGCCGAAGGAUCAUCAAGCGGAACACCCGAAAGGAAAGUAGUUAUUGCUGAUAGUGGUGGGAUUCCUGUUUGAUGUGGCUUCUUUUAUUUUUGAUCGUGAGAGUAGGGUAGUGGUACUGUGAUGCAUACAAGAUUUGUAAAACCAAAAUGGAUGCCCAUCCUGGGUCACAAAGACACAUGUUACAAAAACAGUGAAUUGAAACUUUCAUGAUUCUAA